GGCGGUGCAAGCACACGUGAUUUCCGGCGCGUCAAGCUAGCUUCGUUCGAUGAACAAUCCAUGGCACUUGUGUGGAUCGUCGACUUCACCACCCUAGCUGCACAAGACUCCACCAACGACCCCGAUACUCUGAUUCAAAGGCCACAGCUACAACGGGACCUUACAAGAUACCUUCAGAGAGAUUCUGAACAUCACCAAGAAAUCGUCAUGCCUUCUAUGUCAACCUACAUCAAAGCCAUCUCCGGAGGCGCAAUUCUUGUAAUAGGGGGCCCUGCGCUCGUAUGGUAUGUUACACCAACCGAGGAAGAAAUCUUCAAGAGGUAUAGUCCGGAGCUGCAGAAGAAGGCUCUUGCAGGAAGGGAGCAGAGACAGAAGGACUUUGACGCAUUUGUUGGUCAAUUGAAGGAGGCUUCGCGUUCAGACAAACCAAUCUGGGCUGCACAGAAGGAAAUGGAUGCGAAGAGUGUUAUAGCGAGGCGUCGAUCUCGUGACCUGGAGUGGGUUUCGCGAAGCUUGGAACGCGCAUCUACCCCAAACCUCCAUCUCGCCCCACCACGACCGUCGGAGCAAGACCCAAUGCCCAGCGAUGCGCAAGCCCCCGUGAAGCUCUCGUUGCCUCUCGAGUUCCAACAGGACAUCUUCAAUGAACUGCGCGAGGAAGAUGAGCUCGUCCUUCUUGCGCGCGGCCUCGGCCUCUUGCGCAUAGUCACGAACCUUCUCCACUCCUACGAUGCCGCCGGAAACAACCUGAUACUACUCGUUGGCGCCGACGAUCGCGAGAAUGUGUGGAUUGGCGAGGCGCUGGCCGAGCAUGCGGCAGUCAGUAAUGCGCCCAAGUGUCGUGGGCUGAGUCUAGUCAAUACCGAUCUGAUGAGCGUUGGAACGCGCGAGAAGAUGUAUGCGCAAGGUGGGAUAUUCAGUAUAACGUCACGCAUCCUCAUUGUAGACUUUCUGUCUGGGCUGCUGAAUCCAGAGACGGUGACGGGUGUGGUGGUACUACAUGCUGAAAGAGUUGUUGCGACAUCUCUGGAAGCCUUCAUUCUGAGGAUUUAUCGGCAGAAGAACAAGGCAGGCUUCUUGAAAGCAUUCUCGGAUACGCCGGAGCCCUUCACCACUGGAUUCGCUCCGCUCACCAACAUGAUGAAGAACCUGUUCUUGACGAAACCAGCACUAUAUCCAAGAUUCCACGUUGCAGUCGCAAAUUCGCUCGAAGGACGUAAGAAAGCUGAAGUUAUUGAGCUGGAAGUGCCCAUGACGGAAGCUAUGCAGGACAUACAGAACGCGGUACUAGCCUGCGUCGAGGCCAGUAUCAGCGAGCUCAAGAAAGCGAACCCAGGCUUGGAAGUGGAAGACUGGAACGUAGACAGUGCCUUACACAAGAACUUCGAUCAGAUCAUCCGACGUCAACUAGAUCCCGUCUGGCAUCGCACAACGUACAAGACGCGACAGGUCGUCCGAGAUUUGUCGCUGCUUCGUACCAUUCUGCACGCGCUUCUUACGUAUGAUGCGGUAAAUUUCAACAAGUAUCUCGACACUGUUCUGGCAGCCUCGCAGCCACCACCGGGAUCAACGAAGCAAAAUCAAUCUCCAUGGCUUUUCCUAGAUGCAGCUGACACCAUCUUCACCACCGCAAAGCGAAGGGUAUACACAGGCAAGGUGUCCAAUACUGAGUUAGCCAAUGCUUCGAAUACUGUACCAGAGUCUCUUCAGCCAGUGCUCGAAGAAUUUCCCAAGUGGACGCAGCUCGCAGAAAUUCUUCAGGAGAUUGAACAGGAUGCUUACUUUAACCCAACGCCGCAAGACUCAUCCAAUGGCUCUAUACUCAUCAUGUGCGGCGACCAGGGCACAGCGUCACAGCUAAGAGAGUAUCUGCAGACCAUGUACGUCAAGCCAGAGGGUUCACCAGACGAGGACGAGAACGAAUACGAGCCAUCGGCGAACUUUAUGAUGCGGCGUAAGCUACGCAACUACCUUACUUGGAAACGCGAUUUCAGUAAAGUCAGUGCCGCGUUAUUCUCGGAGAACCAGAAAGCCAUCAACGGCAGUACAGAUAAGAAUGUUCAAAGCGGCAUGCGCCAGACUUCCGGUAAACCUCCGCCUAACAAGCGGCGCCGCAUCAGAGGCGGUGGAAAUGCUGCAGCAGGACCAUCGAGAUCCGAUACGGGAGCCAUCCGUACUGCGGGAGAUAAAGACGCCCACAUUGCUAGUCUCAUGGCUGAAUUGGAACCUUCUGAGAUUGAAACAGCGCAGAAGCCUGGCGAAGUAGGUUUCGACCCCCUGGACAACAUGGAAACCUACUAUGAACUCUUUGAUGUGAACGACCUGAUUAUCGUACAUCCUUACUCUGGGGAUCUGGAUGAACACAUUUUGGACGAGACGAAGCCCCGAUAUGUCAUCAUGUAUGAGCCCGACGCAGCAUUCAUCCGACGCAUAGAAGUAUACCGAUCGUCACAUACAGACCGAACGGUAAAAGUCUUCUUCAUGUACUACGGGGGCAGUGUAGAAGAACAACGGUAUCUCUCUGCCGUCCGUCGCGAGAAAGACGCCUUUACGCGGCUGAUCAAAGAACGUGCAAACAUGGCUUUAACAAUGAACUCGACUGCGAACCUCGCUCCAGAAGAGUCAUUCCUCCGCACGAUCAACACCAGGAUCGCAGGAGGAGGCCGUCUCGCCGCAACCGCCGAACCUCCCCGUGUCGUCGUCGAUGUGCGAGAAUUCCGGUCCUCACUCCCAUCCCUGCUACACGGCCGAUCUAUUGUCAUCGUGCCCUGCAUGCUAACAGUAGGCGACUAUGUUCUCACACCCCAGAUCUGCAUCGAGCGGAAAUCCAUCCGCGAUCUCAUCCAAUCGUUUGCCAACGGCCGUCUCUUCAACCAAGUAGAGUCCAUGAUGGAACACUACAAACACCCCAUGCUGCUCAUCGAGUUUGACCAAAACAAGUCUUUUACUCUCGAACCUUUUACUGAUUUCUCUGCUGGUAGCGCUGCUUCUGCCAACGCGUCGGCGACGACACCCGAUCUCCAAUCCAAACUCGUCAUGUUAACGCUCGCCUUCCCCCGCUUGAGGAUAAUAUGGAGUAGCAGCCCUUACCAGACGGCCGAGAUCUUCUCUGAGCUGAAGAAGGCGCAAGAUGAACCUGAUCCUUUGAAGGCGGUGCAAUUAGGUCUCGAUCCGAAUCAAAGUGGAGACGAGAUGCGCAGCUUUAACCAGACGAGUCAGGAUAUGUUGAGGGCGCUGCCGGGGAUCAAUGAGAAUGCGGUUUCGCAACUGAUGCUUAAGAGUGAGAGUAUUUAUGAGGUGGCGAAUAUGCAGGAGAGGGAAAUUUGUUGGUUGAUCGGGACGGAUGUUGGGAGGAGGAUCCAUCGGUUCUUGAAUCGCUCCGUGUAUGAAGAAGUUCAGUGGCAGAACUUUAGUUAG